AUGUUAUUCUGUCCUUGUUGCGGAAACUUACUUUUAAUAAAAACUCUUAUGCAAGGAGAACAAGCAUUUUACUGCCAAACAUGCCCUUAUAUAUUUCCAAUUGGAGGUAGAGGUGGCAAAUCUCUUUAUAAAAAUCGAACGACCCUGAAGCGUAAAGAAGUUGACGAUGUUUUAGGUGGAGAGGAGGGUUGGAAAAAUGUCGAUUCAACCGAAGCGAGAUGUCCAAAGUGCGAACACCCGCGUGCUUACUUUAUGCAAAUACAAACACGUUCAGCAGAUGAACCUAUGUCAAUUUUUUAUAAAUGUUGUAACCAUGAUUGUCAACACCAAUGGAAUGAGAAAUAA